AUGCUAAUUAUUGAAAGAAAGAUGGCAUCUUCUUAUAAGAUGCUUUAUCUAUUAUUUUACAUAACAAUCACUACAUUAUACUUUUUGGAGAUAGUCAAUUCCACUGUGACUACCUCCAUUGACUCAAGUACUGGCAAGGUACUAGUUCAGUGGUCUGCACCUCCAAGCAAUGGAGCCCCUAUUUCCUCAUACUUGAUCGAAAUCUAAGAUGUUAAUGCUGGAUGGCAAUCUGAGCCAAUCAUGUGCAAUGGAAAUAACUUGGCAGUAGUGGGCUAACGACAAUGCCUCAUACCUAUGCAGACCCUAACUGGUUCUUAGUUCGGACUUACCUUCGAUACAUUGAUUCAAGUCAGAGUUGCUGCUGCAAACAGUAAAGGAACGGGACCUUGGUCAUCACUUUUAACCUUAGGAGCUAAAGUGAGGACUAUUCCAUAGGCAGUUGCCAAUCCAACGAGAGGCACUGCUACAAAUGAAUUCCAGAUUCAAGUUAACUGGGCUGCGCAAGUGCCUGGUAUUGCAACUGGUAAUUCAGAUAUACUUUCCUACGAACUUUACUGGGAUAGCGGCAAUUCUGGGGCAGGCACCACCAUUGAAAUAAUCGAAGCCUAAACGACUACUUAUACCAUAGUGGGAUUAAUAGCAAGCAGAAGCUACACUUUCAAAGUCAGAGCCAAAAACAUCUACGGCUAUGGACCCUUUUCUAGCCCUUCUACAAUAAAAACUACUGAUAAACCUUAUACAAUGGACCCAGUCUCAACGGAUACAAACGGCUUAAACAUUGUACUAUCCUGGAAUCCUCCUCAAACAGGAGGAGAGGAUAUUGAUUCCUAUGAAAUUAAGCUCUACAUUCCAUCUUCUGAUACUUACGUGGUGGACACUGCUAAUUGCAAUGGAGCUGUAGACGCUAUCAAGACUUCUCGUACUUGCACAUUUGACAUGGUUUACCUUAACACUCAAUAUUCCUUCCUCACAGGAGACAUUUUAUAAGGUAUCGGCAGAGCUCAUAACAUUUAUGGCUGGGGUGACUACUCAAAGAUGAAUGCUGUAGGAGCUUCUAUAAUAACCAAACCUACUAAGAUGGAGAAACCUUCUCUAGGCUUAAAUACGGAUAAAGAUACUCUACAAGUAUCCUGGCAAGAACUCAUCUAUGAUUAUCAAACUGGAGGUUCAGCAAUUACUUCCUAUAAUCUAGAACAAUAUAGUGGAGCGAAUUGGAAUGAAGUAGUUGGAAAUACAACAUCAUUCCUUGGCUUAUCAACCAAUAUUGAAGGAGUAUCAGUAGGGACUACAUACACAUUCAGGAUUAGAGCUAAAAACUACUUUGGCUUUGGACAAUUUUCUGAAUCAGCUCUGCUAUCACCAAUAGAUGCUCCAGAUAAAAUGGCCAAGCUAAGAACCUCAAUAGUUAACACUAAUGUCAAGAUAGCUUGGGAUGCACCAGCAACCAACGGACUAGCUAUAUCUGAAUAUAAGAUAAUGAUUUAGAACAAUGAUACCACAACGUAUUCAACAGAGACCAGAUACUGCGAUGGAGCUGAUGCCACUACAAUCUCAUUCAGCUACUGCUUCAUUCCUAUAAACAUUCUUAGAGAUCUGCCAUUUUACCUGAAACAGGCCGAUUUAGUUGUUGCAAUAGCAUAAGCUAAAAAUGCUAAAGGUUUCAGCAUUUUAUCUGAUCCAAACACAUCUGGGGCAUACAUCAUUACUGAGCCUCUACAAAUGGAUAUUCCAACAAGAGGGACCAACACAAGUCCUAACAGAUUAGAUGUUAGAUGGACUGCUAUCUCAUCAUCACCAUAGAAUGGUGGAGUUGCAGUCUUAAGUUAUAACUUGCAAUGGGAUAGCGGAACAAAUGGUGGAGCCUGGACAAAUCUACUAGGAUUUGCUCCUCCCUCUCUAGCAACAUCUCUUAUCAUUACUAACGGAGUUAGCUCUGGAAGUAUGUACUAAUUUAGAGUUAGAGCUUAAAAUCUAAUGGGCUGGGGAUCAUUUUCAUCACCACUUUACAUUAAGGCCGCUAUGAUUCCUCCACAGAUGACCUUACCUAGAACUUCAGUAGAUGUAACUUCAGGUCAUUUUAAGAUUGAAUGGGAUGCUUCAAUCACUAAUGGAGAUUCUAUUGACUAAUAUCUCAUUGAAAUUCAAACAAAGGCUGGAGCUUGGACUACUAAUUCACUCUGUGAUGGUUCAUCAUUAGUAAUAAUCGGGGCAAGAUAUUGCUUAAUUCCAAUGUCAAUACUAAGAGACUCAGCGACUUUCAACUAUGCUGUAAAUAACUUAGUCUAAGUGAGAAUUUCAGCUCAUAACUCAUUUGGCUGGGGAGAUAUCUCAACAACGCCUCUAACUGAUGGAGGAAGAAUAAGAACAGAGCCUGCUGCUAUGACUAGUCCAUUAGACAAUGUGGUUUUAACUACGAGCAAUCAGAUAACAUUAAAUUGGGUAGCUUUAUCAGGCUCAGCCACUGGAUAUUCAGCAAUCUUGUCUUAUAAUUUAGUUUGGAAUAGCGGGACAGGAGAUCCUAGUAUAACCUUAAUUGAUUCACUAUUGCUAUAAUAUACUGUUAAAGGCUUAACUGAGGGUCUUCCUUAUAAAUUUAAAUUAAGAGCUAGAAACAUAUAUGGUUAUGGAGAUUACUCUUCAGUUAAUACCUUAAUCCCCUCUGAUAUUCCAGGCAAGAUGGAAAUUCCUAUAGUAGAGAUUUCUAAUAUCAAUGUCAAGAUUGAUUGGGAAGAACCUGAUGACCAUAGUGCAACAAUAGAUGAGUAUGAAAUCCUACUAUAGAAGUUUGAUGGAUCCUUCGUUGAAGAUACCACUAACUGCAAUGGUGCAAUCGCAGCUAUUAGAGAUGCUACUGUUUGUUUCAUACCUAUGACUUCAAUCAUAACCUUGACUCUACUUACCAGAGAUUAGUUGAUCCAAGUCAAAGUCAGAGCUCAUAACAUUAAGGGUUGGGGAGAUUUCUCAGAACUAAAUACAGGAACUGCAUAUGUAGAGACCACAGCCAUAGCUCCAGUUGCUCCUACAUUUGAUCUCUCUUUGUCAGCAAACGAUAGAGUCUAUAUCGAGUGGCAGUCACUCGUAGGAUCAGCAACCGGAGGCUAGAGUGUGAUAAUUGAUGCUUACGAUUUAUAAUAGUAUGAAUCAGCUACUACUACCUGGUUUACUAUAUCAAAUACUUCAAGUAUAGCUUAUCUCAAAACAGGAUUGUCAGGAGGAAACACAUACUACUUUAAAGUAAGAGCUUAUAAUAGGUAUGGACCAGGAGUGUUCUCUCCAGUAGGCUCAGUAUUCACAUCUCAAGCUCCUAAUAAGCCACUAGCCCCUACGCUUACAACUAUAAGCAACAAAGUUUAAAUAUCAUUCAAAGUUCCUGUUACUAACUAUUCACCUAUCUAGAAAUAUCGAAUUCUAAUAGCAGCAGUGAAUGGAACUUUUAUUGAGGACCCCAGUUUAUGUGAUGGUUCAGACUCUCAGACUAUCUCAAAUAUGUAUUGCAUGAUUACAAUGGCCAAUCUUCUCAUUUCGCCUUUCUAUCUGGAAAGAGAUGAUCCAAUUGAAGCUAAAAUAUAAGCAUAUAACUCAAGAGGCUGGAGUGAAGAGUCAGACAUUGGAACAGGUGUCACAAUUUCAACUGAACCAGAUCAGAUGCUAUUGCCUUUUAGAGGUUCUCAAACCUCAACAAACCAAAUUCAGGUUUCUUGGAGUUCCUUAUCAGCAAGAAGACUUGCAAGCUCAGGUGGAUCGCCUGUCAUUUCUUAUAAUCUCUAAUGGGAUGCUGGAACUAAUGGAGCAUCUUGGUACGAUCUAGUAGGACUCUAACCAGCAUAUCUAUCAACGAGCUAUCUUGUAACAACAGGGAUAGUCUCAGGAUAAUCUUAUGAGUUUAGAGUUAGAGCAAAGAAUAUAUUUGGAUGGGGAUCCUUCUCAGACCAGAUAACCCUAAAAGCAUCAACUGUGCCUGCAUAAGUCGCAACUGUCACGACCUCUGUUGAUUCAUUAACAGGUGGGCUAAAGAUCUCUUGGACAGCACCAUUUGCAAAUGGCGAAGCGAUCGACUCUUAUGUAAUUGAAAUCGCUGGAUCAACAGCUUAAACUUUACCGUGGAAGAGAGAUCUCGUAAAUUGUCCAGGGGUUGAUCCCAACAUCCUCUAUUGCAUAAUACCUAUGCUCAACUUACAAACUGGAGAUUUUUCAUACCACAUCAAUGAUAUAGUAUAUGUUAAGGUUACAGCUCAUAAUUCAAUGGGUGAUAGCCCAGUCUCAACAUCAUAGUCAGGUAAUGCUCGAGUAAGAGGUCUUCCAAAGAAGAUGACAGAUCCCUUUAGAGGAUCAUCUACAACUGACUAUCAAAUACAAGCACAAUGGAAUCCAUUGACUGCAGAUGAAGAUAUUGGCUAUUCUCCUAUACUUUCAUAUAAUCUUUAUUGGGAUAAUGGCAGUGGAACUGCAGAUCUAUAGGUUACUGAUUCUCUAGUUUUGAAUUAUAUAGUAUUAGGUGUUGAAGGUGGAGAACCUUAUAUUUUCACAGUUAGAGCCAAAAAUAUCUAUGGUUAUGGACCCUUCUCUGAUGAGAUAACUAUAUUACCUUAGGAUGUCCCCGAUUAAGUUGAUAUCCCUUUAGUCCAAAUAUCUGGAACUAAUGUUAAUAUAACUUGGUCUAAGCCAUUUUUACGAUAUUCUGAAUUAGAUUAAUAUUAGGUUUAAUUCUAAAAGUCUAAUGGAGAUUAUUAAUCACAUUCUAAUUGUGAUGGAAGUCUACAAGCUAUUAAAGAAACUAGAACCUGCUUGGUGGCAAUGACUGAUAUUAUCACCUUUACAGGCCUCACUGUGGACACUCUUAUAAAAGUUAGGGUAAGGUCGAAAAAUCAAAUUGAAUGGGGUCCAUACUCUUAGGUUAAUUAAGCUGGUGCGACUAUUGAAAUUAAACCUACUUAGAUGGAAGCACCCACUUUCGCACUCUCUUCAAGUUCUAAUAACAAUCUACAAGUUCAAUGGAUAACUCUUCAAGGAGUCUAAAAAGGUGGGUCUGUAGUUGCUAUAAUAUCAUAUGACUUGUUCUUCUAUAACACUAUUACUAGUGACUGGGAUAAGAUUUACUCAGGAACUGGUAGCUCAUAUAACCAUCAAUUGCUAUCGGGGGGAGUCACUUAUCAAUAUAAAGUCAGAGCCACAAACAAAUAUGGUAAUGGACCUGAUUCUUCAACAUCAAGUGGCUUUACUGCUCAGCCACCUUCAAUUCCAACUACUCCAGAGGUCACCAUUGAAGGAAUAUUUAUUAAAAUUAAAUGGUAUGCUCCUAAUAAUAAUAAUUUACCAAUUACAGCCUACAGAAUAAAGAUUAAAGAUAAUACUAAUAAUAAUAAUAUUUUAAAUUAUCAAGAGAGUAUUUAACAUUGUAAUGGUGCAAGUUCAACAAUAAUGACUAACCUAUUUUGCAUGAUACCAAUGUCAGUACUCAGAACCACUCCAUUUAACUUACCAUUUCAAAGCCAAAUCUUAGUUUAAGUUUAGGCUUCCAAUCAAAGAGGCUGGGGUGACUUAUCUGUUGACAAUACAGAUAUACCUACAAUUUAAACUGCUCCAAGAACUAUGACUAUCCCACAAAGAGACUCCUCUACUUCAACUUCUUAGAUAGUCGUGAAUUGGUAAACUAUAAGCAGUCCUGAUAAUGGUGACUCAGAUGUGACUUCUUAUAAUUUGUAAUGGGAUGCUGGGUCAGAUGGAUUGAGUUGGUUUAGUCUUUAAGGACUUUCACCAUCAUCAAUACUAUCUACUUAUACUGUGACAAGUGGGAUCAUUAUAGGAUCAAAGUAUAAGUUUAGGCUAAGAGCAAGAAACAUUCAUGGAUGGGGUCCUUAUUCUGAUCCCGUAGCAAUUUACGCAGCAAGAGCUCCUUCAAAAGUUUUAUCUGUCUCUACUGAAAUAGAUAGUGCAACUGGAGGAAUAAAGGUUUCAUGGCUACCUCCUAAUGCCAAUGGAGAUCCGAUAACUCAGUAUAAAAUUGAAAUCGCAAAUGUUUUAACUUCAUAUUGGGGUACCUCCACAUACUGUGACGGUACUUCAAAUUAAGUACUAACUAAUCUAUAUUGCAUAUUACCUAUGAGCAUAUUUACAGAAGUGCCUUACUCGUAUUUGUAUACUAAUGUUGUUAAAUUCAGGAUCUCUGCAGCUAAUAGCUAUUUAUUUGGAGAAACUUCAGACCCUAAUACAAGUGGAGCUUAAGUUAGAAGAAAGCCAGAUUAAAUGACAAAACCAACAUAGGGACCCCAAACCUCUGAUACCCAAAUAGAUGUCCAGUGGGCUCCAAUGACCACUGGACUCACCACUGGGAAUACCCCUAUCCUCUCCUACAACCUCUACUGGGAUGACGGAACCUCAACAGUUACGAUUCCUUUGAUAGAUGAAUUAGUAACGAGCUACAUUAUUGAAGGGGUUGAAGGUGGUCAUGAAUACAAGUUUAUUGUAAGAGCUAAAAAUGUUUAUGGCUAUGGAAACUUCUCAGAAGAGCUAUCUGUUAUACCUAUUGAUUUACCGGAUCAAGUUGCCAUUCCAACCGUAGAAUUAGUAAAUAGCAUUGAGGUGAAAAUUGAUUGGGCUAAACCUAAUCAUCACUACUCUACUAUUACGGGGUAUUAAGUCCUAUUCUUAAAGUCAGAUAAAAGCUUUACAGAAAUAACUGGUUGUGUAAUGAUAAGCUCUACUGUUACUGAGUGUACCUUAACAAUGGAUACUAUUAGAAAUAGUACCGGUUUGACUGUGAACAAGCUGAUUUAGGUCAAAGUAAGAGCGUUGAAUGCAAAAGGUUAUGGAUCAUAUUCAGAAGUCAACAUUGUAGGACAGACUGUUGAAGCAAAGCCAGCAGUUAUGAGUCCACCAUCAAUUGUUACAGGAUCAGUCACCACAACUUUAAUUCCACUCUCAUGGACAGCACCAACAGGAGCAAACGCUGGAGGUACUGGUGUAACAAUUGCAUCCUAUGAUCUAUAGAAAUCAACAGAUGGAAGUACCUGGACUGACUUAGCAUUAGCAGUCACAUCAACUACAUACAAUCAUGUUGUUACUGCUGGAAGUACAAUAUACUAUUACAAAAUCAGAGCUACAAAUAAAUACGGAACUCAAGACACUUAUUCAGCUGCUUCAGCAUCAGUAGUAGCAAGCUCGAUUCCAGAGAUUCCAGGCAAACCUACUCUAACUCAAGAUGGUACAUCAAUCAGUAUUACCUGGGAUUUACCUGAGAAUAACUAAGCAACUAUCACUGCAUACAGAGUAGUUAUUGUAACUAAUGAUGAUACAACAUUUGCUGAGAACACAACUCUUUGCGAUGGAAGUCUGAAUGCUGUAGUAACAAGCAGAAAAUGUUUAGUGCCCAUAAGCUCACUAGCUAACACACCUUUUACUUUGAGCAGUGGCAAGACCAUUAAAGCUAAGGUUGCAGCAAUCAAUUCAAGAGGAGCUUCUCAGUUAUCUGUCGAGAGUAUUAACACUCCACUUAUACUUAUGCAGACUGCCCCAUUGAAGAUGGCUACUCCAACUAGAGAAACAACAAGUACCAUUUCAAGAAUGGAUGUCAAAUGGGUAGCAUUAUCUGCACCAAACAACGGAUAUAGUGCGAUAACAUCUUACUUCCUUGAAUGGGAUUCAGGUACAAACGGUGCCACUUGGACUGAUGUGAUUGGUAACUCACCAGCAUCUCUACUUACAACAUACUCAGUCACUGGUGGAUCAUCAGGUUUCACAGCAGGAUAACUAUACGGAUUCAGAGUCACUGCUAGAAACAUAUUCGGAUGGGGACCUACAAGUGAUCCAGCAUAUGUUAAGGCUGCUCAAGCACCAUCCACAGUUCCCACAGUAACAACAUCAAUUGACCCUGCUACUGGAGGAGUACAGAUUGUUUGGGGAACACCUAAUGCCAAUGGAGGAACGAUAUCAAAAUACAAGAUUGAAAUCAACAACUAUGUCACUACAACAUCAUGGACAGUAUCAAGUUCAUGCGAUGGAACAAGCGCAAUAGUUAAGAGUGCAUAGUCAUGCAUUAUACCAAUGUCAGAACUUACCACAACAUACUAAUAUGCCUUCGAUAAAUUGGUUCUUGUGAGAGUCUCAAGUACAAAUGAAUUUGGAGAUAGUACAUCAAUCACAAAUCUAGGUACUGCAAGAACAAGAAGUGCACCAGAUAUAAUGGCCGCUCCAUCCAUUACAUCAUCCAGUGAUACACAGAUCAUUGUAUCUUGGACUGCUCUAACUGGUGAUGCUACAGGUAAUUCACCAACCACUGCAUAUACACUAUACUGGAACAAAGGUACAGAUGCCAAUCCAACCACCAAAGUUACAGAGGCUCUUGUACUUACAUAUACAUUCAGUUCUCUAUCUGGCGGAAGUACUUAUAAGUUCGCAGUGAGAGCUAUUAACAUCUACGGAGAAGGACCAACUUCAACAACUACUACAGUGCUUGCAAUUGAUAAACCUGCUAAGAUGGAUAUUCCAACUGUAGAACUCUCAACUACUGAUAACCUAAGAGUUGAUAUAACAUGGGCACCUCCAGUAUCACACUCAUCUGAUAUCAUCUCAUACGAUGUUCAGUUCCUUAAGUCCAAUAAUGACUUCACACCAUUUACUGCAUAAUGUCCUGGAACUGAUCCAUUAGUAUACACAUGCUCUGUUAACAUGACCAAUCUCAACACACUAAUUGGAUAACCAGUUGACACAAUGAUCAGAGUCAAAGUAAGAGCGUUGAAUGCAAAAGGUUAUGGAUCAUAUUCAGAAGUCAACAUUGUAGGACAGACUGUUGAAGCAAAGCCAGCAGUUAUGAGUCCACCAUCAAUUGUUACAGGAUCAGUCACCACAACUUUAAUUCCACUCUCAUGGACAGCACCAACAGGAGCAAACGCUGGAGGUACUGGUGUAACAAUUGCAUCCUAUGAUCUAUAGAAAUCAACAGAUGGAAGUACCUGGACUGACUUAGCAUUAGCAGUCACAUCAACUACAUACAAUCAUGUUGUUACUGCUGGAAGUACAAUAUACUAUUACAAAAUCAGAGCUACAAAUAAAUACGGAACUCAAGACACUUAUUCAGCUGCUUCAGCAUCAGUAGUAGCAAGCUCGAUUCCAGAGAUUCCAGGCAAACCUACUCUAACUCAAGAUGGUACAUCAAUCAGUAUUACCUGGGAUUUACCUGAGAAUAACUAAGCAACUAUCACUGCAUACAGAGUAGUUAUUGUAACUAAUGAUGAUACAACAUUUGCUGAGAACACAACUCUUUGCGAUGGAAGUCUGAAUGCUGUAGUAACAAGCAGAAAAUGUUUAGUGCCCAUAAGCUCACUAGCUAACACACCUUUUACUUUGAGCAGUGGCAAGACCAUUAAAGCUAAGGUUGCAGCAAUCAAUUCAAGAGGAGCUUCUCAGUUAUCUGUCGAGAGUAUUAACACUCCACUUAUACUUAUGCAGACUGCCCCAUUGAAGAUGGCUACUCCAACUAGAGAAACAACAAGUACCAUUUCAAGAAUGGAUGUCAAAUGGGUAGCAUUAUCUGCACCAAACAACGGAUAUAGUGCGAUAACAUCUUACUUCCUUGAAUGGGAUUCAGGUACAAACGGUGCCACUUGGACUGAUGUGAUUGGUAACUCACCAGCAUCUCUACUUACAACAUACUCAGUCACUGGUGGAUCAUCAGGUUUCACAGCAGGAUAACUAUACGGAUUCAGAGUCACUGCUAGAAACAUAUUCGGAUGGGGACCUACAAGUGAUCCAGCAUAUGUUAAGGCUGCUCAAGCACCAUCCACAGUUCCCACAGUAACAACAUCAAUUGACCCUGCUACUGGAGGAGUACAGAUUGUUUGGGGAACACCUAAUGCCAAUGGAGGAACGAUAUCAAAAUACAAGAUUGAAAUCAACAACUAUGUCACUACAACAUCAUGGACAGUAUCAAGUUCAUGCGAUGGAACAAGCGCAAUAGUUAAGAGUGCAUAGUCAUGCAUUAUACCAAUGUCAGAACUUACCACAACAUACUAAUAUGCCUUCGAUAAAUUGGUUCUUGUGAGAGUCUCAAGUACAAAUGAAUUUGGAGAUAGUACAUCAAUCACAAAUCUAGGUACUGCAAGAACAAGAAGUGCACCAGAUAUAAUGGCCGCUCCAUCCAUUACAUCAUCCAGUGAUACACAGAUCAUUGUAUCUUGGACUGCUCUAACUGGUGAUGCUACAGGUAAUUCACCAACCACUGCAUAUACACUAUACUGGAACAAAGGUACAGAUGCCAAUCCAACCACCAAAGUUACAGAGGCUCUUGUACUUACAUAUACAUUCAGUUCUCUAUCUGGCGGAAGUACUUAUAAGUUCGCAGUGAGAGCUAUUAACAUCUACGGAGAAGGACCAACUUCAACAACUACUACAGUGCUUGCAAUUGAUAAACCUGCUAAGAUGGAUAUUCCAACUGUAGAACUCUCAACUACUGAUAACCUAAGAGUUGAUAUAACAUGGGCACCUCCAGUAUCACACUCAUCUGAUAUCAUCUCAUACGAUGUUCAGUUCCUUAAGUCCAAUAAUGACUUCACACCAUUUACUGCAUAAUGUCCUGGAACUGAUCCAUUAGUAUACACAUGCUCUGUUAACAUGACCAAUCUCAACACACUAAUUGGAUAACCAGUUGACACAAUGAUCAGAGUCAAAGUAAGAGCCUUGAAUGCAAAAGGUUAUGGAGAAUACUCUGAAUUAUCCAUUACUGGUGCUACUGUUGAAACACCACCUGCUUAAAUGGGUGCAAUAUCUAAGGAUGAUGGUUUAUCAUCUAGUACUGUACUUUAUCUUACUUGGAAUGCCCUAACAUCUAAUAGUGAUAAAGGAGGUAGUGGAGUGAGUAUAGUUAACUAUGAUUUAUGGUGGGAUUAAGGAUCAUUAAUAAAUACUUGGGUUCAAUUGGCUUUAACAACAAAUAGUUAUUACUAAGUUAAUGAUCUUGAACCAGCUACGACUUAUUAAUAUUAUAUAAGUGCAAUUAACAAAUAUGGUAACGGUUAAAAUUCUCCUACUGCUACUUUCACUACUUCUUCAUCUUGA